AUGCUGCAACAGCGCUCAACUUCCACUGUCGAGUACCCUGACACAGGAAGGGACGUAAUCAGUGAGCUGCCUGAUGACGUUGUGUAUUCGAUUAUAGAGUGUUUGUCGCUGAGGGAUGCUGUGAAAACAAGUGUGUUGUCACGCAGAUGGAAGAGAGUUUACUCAGGCCUCCCUAUACUCCAAUUCGAUCAGGUUAACAUGUUUCAAACAAACUCCAAGUGUUGUAGACACUACAAGGAGAAAUUUGUUAGAGGAGUUAAUCAGUUCAUAGACUCAUACCAGGGCUUACAAAUAGAUUAUUUUGGUGUGUCUUUCUGUCUUGGAAGUGAAUUCACUGACGAUAUCGAUCGAUGGAUCAGUUUUGCCAAUAGAAUGGGAGCCACGAUGAUAUCGAUUUGCUUGUACUGUCAGAAAUCCUGUUCUAGGGCUAUUGGCGACAUGCACGGCGAACAGAUUGGUGGGAAGUACGUUAUUCAAGGGGAAGUUUUAAGAGAUAGAAAUACCAAUCUAGAGAAUCUAGAGUUGGAAGGAUGCAUUUUAGGACCAGAUGUUGCUAACCGAUUAAGCGGUUUAGAGACACUCGGUUUGAAUAAUACAAACUUGGCCCUUUACGACAUAAAUGGCAUGUUUUCUUGGUUGGCCAACCUGAAAUAUUUGACACUUAGUAAUUCUACACUUCCUAUGAAAUUAUGCUUAGGCCCUUUGGCUCUCCUUAAAAAUCUUGUUAUCGCUGACUGUGCUGGGAUAAAGGAAGUUCAGCUGUCCAGUAAUGCAAAUCUCCAUAGUAUUCUAUAUGGCUGUAUUGAGAAUGUCGUAUUCGAUUUAAGUGGAGCUCCUAACUUGGAGAAAUUUCAUUGUAAUGCUGGUAAAACACAACUGCACUAUAUUUUCACUCAUCUUCCGAAACAUGCCCCUAAGCUGAGGACUUUGUCUAUGUUCACUACAUGCGAUUCGGUUAAACACCUACCAGAAAGCAUGACCAUCUUCCAACACGUUACAGAAUUAUGUAUAAUGUUCGAUUACGAUCCAAACUUUGACAUGUUGAAGUUGAUUUCUAUUCUUGGAGCAUUUCCCUGUCUGAAUAAGCUUAUUUUCGCGAUAAAUUCUGGCGAAUCGGACCAACGAAAGCUCGAGCCUGCUGAAGCCAUGGAUGAACAGGUGAAGAAAAAUGAAAUUGGUGGAUAUUUUGGCUCCUUGAAUCAGCAGCUGCUGCUUAUUAGUUAUUUGUUCAAGCACGGUAUUUCCCUUGAGCGAAUGGUUAUCGAGCCAGGAGAAAAAAUUUAUGUUGAUACCAGACAAUCACUUGAGAAAGAAGUAUGUGGAAAGGCUUAUAAGCGAUUGAUAGAAUUAUCAGAAGAAGACGAGGCCUCUUGUUUCUCAAUAUUGGAUUGUCAUGGACUCUGUGUAUCUGAAUCUGGUGGCCCUUUUGAAUCUUUAGGAUUUGGCUAUUUCUAUAAUGAAAAUGAUAUUUUUCUGACGUAUGAUUCGGCCGUUCGUGUUUGGACAUCACAGAGGCUAAAUUAUGCUAGACAGGCUUCUUUCUUGUCAAGAAUGCAGCAUCCAUCUAAGUUGCUAAAACAGGGUUCAACUUCAGCUGCCAAGAUUUCAAGUGAGGGGUUAAGGGCUCCAGACUUGUCUGGCAAGAAAAAGGAUUGA